AUGACCAGAAAGAUCUUCACCAACAGCAGGGAGAGGUGGAGGCAGCAGAACGUCAACAGCGCAUUUGCCAAGCUGAGGAAGCUCAUUCCCACCCACCCUCCGGACAAAAAGCUCAGCAAGAACGAGACCCUCCGCUUAGCCAUGAGGUACAUCAACUUCCUUGUCAAGGUGCUCGGGGAACAAGGCCUGCAGCAGCCAGGGAUGAAUCCACGGGGAAGGAUACUGGGACUGUUCCAGCCAAGUCCAAGUUUGGAAAGCAUGGAAGACUUGACUCUCAUUGAAGACUCUGAGGUCCCUUCUCCCAACACAAGCAGCAAUGCUCCAGAGUGUUGGUCAGAGGCGUCGUCUCCGUGA